AUGUCUGUUGUCGAGUACCGAGUUCUUCUGUAUCAAUUUAGCGAGGAAAUUGAUUGGCAAACUCAACGGAGAAAGUUGAUAUUUAUCCUCAGAGCUUACCUUCCUGAUGGCUCUGAAGGAGGUAUAACUGACAUUGAUUCGCUACUUACUAUGCUGGAGGAGAAGAAUAUUCUUGGAAUUGAUCGUCUUAAUAUAAUGAAGGAACUACUAAAAGAGAUAGAAAAGUGGGAUCUUCUUCGCAGAAUAGAGCGAUUUGAAAUUAAGAGAAAGGACUACAAACAGUUACUGGAGAAGAUAAGUCAUGCACUCGACGAGUCCAAUGAACUGCAACGACUCAUUUCAAUCUGCAGAGGAAAAAAUCUGAUAGCUCGUGAAAGCGAAGAAGAUAUCGUGGAUGUCAAUGCAUUGUUCACAGUGCUAGAACAACAGAACAAUUUGGGGAUAGAAGACCUCACUCUCCUGAAAACUUUAGCAAAAGAGGUGGAGAAACCAGAUGUAUGCAGACUCCUAGAGGAGUUUGAGAAGAAGAGAAAACAGGAAGAAGAUGCCGAGCGGAAAAAGAGAGAAAGGGAGUACAACAUACGAAGAGCACGCGGUAAGGAACAAUUCCUUACCCAAUUUCUAAACAGUUAAUGGAACAGUUAAUGAAAAUUCCUUGACCAAACUUUGGAUUUGAAAUCGAACAUGGCGAAUAGAAUUCUAGGGUUUUUAGUCGGUGAAGUUGCCAGACUUAAGUUAAGUGUUUGUUCAAUCGACCGUCUGAAAAAAUUUCGAGAACUGUAUAAUCAGAAACUAAGCUUGCGAACCCGUGAUUUCGGACUAUGUUGCUGAUACGAGUGGGUAGUCACUUCCACUUGUCUGUACGGAAAAUUUAACCCUUGGCCACACAUGGUCACUCUACCUCUAGAUAUUGCUUCCCUACUCGAUAUUUCUACAAGGUUUUAGCUUAGUUUUAACCUGACAGAGUGCAAAAAUGUGCGAAAUAUUUCUAUGUGGUUUAUUGUGAUUUUGUUGAUGAAGGUAUACCUGUUUAUUUGCACCUUCUUGAAAGCAUCGAUAGAGUGCUGGUAAGACAUGUUGAGACAAUUUGGCGGGCGAAUAAACACUAACUUCGUUCCCAGGGCCUCCUCUAUGUUAUUUUCAAAAGCGGCGAGUCGCCCGUAAGAGUUGAAGGAGAAGUUUGCUCUACAUUGUACGUAGCGUUUACAUCCUUCGUGCAAUUUGCUAGAUACCGUGAGUUGAGACUCCAACGAAUCAAUAAGUGCUUGAAAUUUGUCUUUAGUUACGUUAAAAGCUCGUCCUUGGUCACUUCUAUUUUACAAACACCUUAGUAACCCGGUCAUUCACGCAAGAACACACCGUGCGAUUUAAAGACAGCUACUGUAAAGUUAUCGCAAAAGAAUUGAGUCUAAAAAGACCUUUUUGUAGCUUUCAUUUCUUGAAACAGAUCUAUAAGAGAUACAAGGAGUGAGCUCUUACCCCACUGCUGAUCAGUUAACCAUUUAUACCCUAACAUCAGCUCAUAUAUUCUCCAUUCUGUUCUUUAUGCAUUUGUUAUGGCACCGACAAAGGGAAAUUUAGUUAAUAAUCAAGAGCUUAUUAAGGUUACCAUUAUUUUCUUAAUUUAUGGGCGAAACGAGUGAUUCAGUGGUCACGCCUUAUUUGCAAAUUAGAUGCUAGUUACCCUCAGGGGUUAAACAAUUAACAUACCAGAGAUCAAAUGGCCUUGUGGACCGCAAAUUUAAGCCAGGAACAUGAAAAGUCUGCCAAGAGAGGUAUUUCAAAAAUCAAUAUUCAAUAUUUCUCUCCCUGAUUAAACUAUUGUAUAUUUAAUAGUCCAAAGAUUGAUUUUUUUCACAUUCCAGCUCAGGUCGCUUCUGUUCUUUCUGGUGGAAUAAACAUUGGAGAAAGAUUAAUAGGAGGUAAGACAGUGUUAAUUAACCUUGCUGAUAAGCAGACCCAAAUUAUGAGGAACCUAGAACCCGAAGCAGUAAUUCCCGCUGACACAGUGCUUUCAAGAGGCUCACGCUACUGGAGUCUUCGAGUGGAAAUUGCAUACUCCAAACUAAUAUUGUCACCCUUACCAGAAUCAACGAUGAGAUCCAACAAAGAAAAGGAAAUUUGCUCGGUAUUCACUAAAUAAACAUGGAAAUUGCUGAGCCUGGACAAUGUUUGUUAAAGUACUUUUCUUGGAAAAUCUUUUACAUUUUUUUUCUGUGAUCGAAAAAGAAUACUUUGUGUCUAUAAUCCACCCACUUCUCUUUAUUCAUAAGCUUUAUUGUCGUCUGUUUCAGUAACGUAUAACUUUCGAAAACAGCAAUCCUUUCAAACUUAGACUUUGCUAGGCUCUCAAAUGCUGGAGAAAGCGUAAUUCGCUUUCCUGCAAAGAGGCAGGAGAGCAAGUUACACGAGGAGUCUAUGAAGAAGUGCUCUCCUUAGCCAACUCUUCCCCAACGUUUGUUACUUUGCUCAGGCCCGCUUUUUUAAUCGACUCCACAAGCGGCUAAUGUAACACUAUGAUUUCUAGAUUUUUUGCAGUUGUCACACCUCACUGUACUUUCCGCAAUGUUACUGGUGGUACUGUGGUCGUCACUACAUGGAUGGUCCUUCGCAGAAGUCUCAGUAUCGAAGAGUUUGUCAACGCUUUCAAAGAAGCUGUCCUUCCAUUUGGAAAUUGCUUGCGUGCAAUUAGUGAAGGAUCGAUCCGAUUUACGAUUCAAGCAGAAAAUAUUUCUGCUCUUGACGUAUUAUGGCAAAGUUAUCAAGACGAAAAGCUACAGACAAAUUUAAAAGAGUUUCUUGUUACUGAGGAAAUAAAGCAGCUUGCAGGUGGUGAAGUGACGUUGACUGUGCACAUCGACGAAGAUGAAUACAGAAAUGCGAGGUUCGAUUUGUUAAUAUCAGGAACAGAAGGUAAAUACACCUUUAAUAGUCCCGCCAUUAUGCAUGACUCCUUGUGUGAGAUAAAUUAGAAACGUCUCUUGUUGUGUCUUACAAUGGGACGAAUCACUUCAUUUUCAGCCUGAUCUGUCGCGUGGGCUAAAUUGAUUUUUUCAGAUGUUGCCACCAAAUGUUUAACUAUUGGUAAAAUUCGCUCUUACGUUUCACCUUUCUUGUGGGUGAUUUCUUACUAGCAUAUAAUUUGUUUCCGAGAGCUUGAUGAUUAUCCAAGUAAGGAAGGUGUUCAAUGUCUCAAUUCUCUUUUGCAAAUGACGUAGAAUGCACCACUUCAUUCAGCACUAUAUUACAUUUUUUACUAUGAGUUUUAGAGAUGAAACUUGAAGAAAAAAGAGGAUUAAAAGAUCGAGCAAGUUCUGAUUCAGACCUUCAGAAAGAAAGAAACAUGACCACAGCGAAUACAAAAGAUCCUUUUCCAGAGAGGAAGUUUUUACCAUUUGACAGAAAAGUGCGUGUAAAAGAAUUUUUGGAAAAUCUUCGAGAGACCUUCAGCGAAAUCACAUUACCGAGUGAUAGUGGAGCUGGGACCUGGAGUAGUGCCACUUCUGAAUAUGGAUUUGGCAAAGGUGAAAGUUAUAGUUAG